AUGUCGUCGGUUGCGGCAAAACGCAUCAUCGUCUGCGGUGGAAAUGGGUUUUUGGGUUCGAGAAUCUGCAAGUUCGCCGUCUCACGAGGCUGGGACGUCACAUCCAUCAGCCGCUCCGGGGAGCCCCAAUGGCAGAACGUAACAGCCUCUGCCGCUCCUCCACCCUGGGCCCGUAAAGUAACGUGGGAACGCGCCGACAUCAUGCGGCCAACGACCUACAUUUCGCUCCUCAAAGGUGCCGACUUCGUGAUCCACAGCAUGGGGAUCCUGUUAGAAGCCGACUACAAAGGCGUGCUCCAGGGCCGGGAAUCGCCCAUAUCAGGCCUCAAGAAGGCUUUCUCGGGCGCCCAGCAGCCGGGCAACCCGUUGGAGCGCGAUGUCAAGGAAAGCGAGGAUAUUCGCCCUUCGGAGACCAAGGAGCAGUUCACGUACGAGAACAUGAAUCGCGAUAGCGCCAUCAUGCUGGCCAAGGAGGCCAACGGUGAGAAUGUGGAUGCGUUUGUGUAUAUCUCGGCCGCGGGGGGCGCGCCCGUGCUGCCGACGAGAUAUAUUACGACGAAGCGGGAGGCGGAAAGCACGAUUGCGAGCGAGUUCCCGAAUAUGCGAGGUAUCUUUAUUCGGGCACCGUUUAUGUAUGACAGCUCGCGGCCUAUCACUAUACCGCUGGCCGCCAUGACUGGCGGAGGGGUCCUAUUCAACAAACUUACUGGCGGGGUGUUGCGUGGGUUCCUCGGUGCGGCCGCUGCGAAACCCUUGAAGGCGGACGUGGUGGCAGAGGCGGUGGUUGAGUCUCUGGACGAUGGUAACACGAGGGGUCCGGUGGAAGUGGAGGAGAUUGAAGAGUUGGCAAAUAAGGCAUGGCGAAAGCAGAUGCUGUGA